AUGGGGUACUUGUUUGCCCUCAAUGGCCGCUCAGUCGAAGCAGGAUCUAAUUUCCCUUGGGGACGUGCCGCCGCCGGCGCGACGGGUGCCGUUCUCGCGAACGCUCUCGUUUACCCGCUUGACAUUGUCAAGACGAGGCUUCAAGUCCAGGUCAACCCCGGCAACAAGGCAAAGAAGGCUGAGGCUGAGGAUGCCGAGGCGGCUGCGGAUGAGGAUCCUCACUACAGUUCUACCUGGGAUGCCCUUACCCGUAUCGUAGGCGACGAGGGCGUCGCCGGCCUCUACGCCGGUAUUACGGGCUCUCUUAUCGGUGUCGCCUCCACCAAUUUUGCCUACUUCUACUGGUAUUCGAUCGUGAGGACUCUCUACCUCAAGUCUGGCCGGGCCUCCGUACCGCCCUCGACCCUCGCCGAGCUCGGUCUUGGCGCCAUUGCUGGAGCCGUUGCCCAGAUCUUCACGAUACCCGUUGCCGUCGUCACAACCCGCCAGCAGACUCAGCGCAAGGAUGAGCGCAAGGGCAUGCUCGAGACCGCCAAGGAGGUCAUCGACGGACCCGACGGUGUGAGCGGCCUUUGGAGGGGCUUGAAGGCCAGCUUGGUCCUCGUCGUCAACCCUGCCAUCACCUACGGCGCCUACGAGAGGUUGAAGGAGGUCCUUUUCCCCGGCCGCAAGGCUCUCAAGCCUUGGGAGGCUUUCUCCCCUCAUCGUCGCCAAGGUCGGCCUCCAGUCCAAGCCCCCAAGGCCCGCAACGGCAAGCCCUUCAAGAGCUUCGGCGAGGUCAUGAAGUUCAUUGUUGACAAUGAGGGAGUCGCUGGCCUGUUCAAGGGCAUCGGCCCCCAGAUCUCCAAGGGUCUUCUCGUCCAGGGCAUCCUCAUGAUGACCAAGGAGAGGAUGGAGCUCAUCUUUAUCCUCUUCUUCCGAUACCUCAAGACCCUCCGUGCCAACAGGCUGGCGGCCGCCCAGGGUGUUGUCUUGAGGAAGUCACGUGAACUCCGGCUCCGAGCCGGUCGCAACGCACUGCAGAGCCACAGCGUAGAGUCAGUCGGCAGCAGCUGGGAACUGCUGCACCCCGCAUCCAGUUCGUGUUAG